UCCGGCGCGAUCCGCGCUCGGCGCCGAGGUGACGCGCUGCGGCCGCUCCGCCCGGCCGGGCCGGGCCGCGCCGCAGGGCGCUCGCCAUGGAGCCGGGCACCAUCGACAACCUGUGCAUCCUGUACCAGAGCCCCGACUUCAUCGUGGUCAACAAGCACUGGGACGUGCGCAUCGACAGCAAGAUGUGGUACGAGACCCUCACCCUGCAGGGCCAGCUCAAGCGCCGCUUCCCCGAGCUGGCCGACCCCGACACCUACUACGGCUUCAGGUUCUGCCACCAGCUCGACUUCUCCACCAGCGGGGCCCUCUGCGUCGCGCUCAACAAGGCGGCGGCAGGGAGCGCCUACAAGUGCUUUAAGGACCGGCUGGUGACCAAAGCCUAUCUCGCCCUGGUGAGGGGCCACGUCGCCCAGAGCCGCAUGACGAUCCGGUACGCCAUCGGGAAGAACACCACCGAGGGCAUGACCCACAUGAUGUGCAUCGACGGGACCGAGGGCUGCGAAAAUCCCAAGCCCUGCCAGUCGGAGCUGAUCGUGCUGGAGCACGGCUCCUACAGCGGAGACCCCGUGACCAAAGUGCUGCUGCAGCCGCUAACAGGGCGCACCCAUCAGCUCCGCGUUCACUGCAGCGCCAUCGGCCACCCCAUCGUGGGGGACUUCACCUACAGCCACAAGAAGGACAGCAGCCCCUACAGGAUGAUGCUCCACGCCUACUACCUGCGCAUCCCCACCGGCAAGGAGCUCAUCGAGGUCUGCGCGCCCGACCCCUUCGUCACCGCGAUGGACAGCAACUGGGUGCCCCAGCACGUCACCCACCGGCUGGACGACACCAUCCAGGAGCUAAAGGACAAGGCGAUGCAGAAGGAGGAAGCGGAGGAGAGCCAGAAAGCCAUGCUUGAGGACAGGGGAGAGGAGGUGCUGAGUAAAGCUAAGAGCCCGGAGACAGAGGAGCAGCGAGCCCGGUGUGAGCAGUGGCUGGCCGAGUGGGUGCUGGAGUGAGCACCAGCCACGUUCCUGCAUUUCCAACCCACUGCUCCAUUUUUGUCCCGAUGGGUCCCAGAGCCCAGCACUGACUCCGCAUCCGCACUUUCCGUAUGCCGUGGCAUCCCUCACUUCUGGGGCUGGGAUUAGGCAGGUUUUAGCAGCAAUUAGGAUCGGUUUAUUUUUUUAACGUACCCAUCACCCAUCUGGCCACCGGACGCCCCUUUCCUAAUUGUGUGCCUAGCAGCCGCCACUGCGUCACGCACCAGCUUAGAGUGACCCCAGAGCUUCACAGCCCUGUGCCGGGGCUGGGGCAUGGCCGCUGGCUUUGCCGGGAACGUGGAGGGCAGCUCCAAAGCCCACCCGUGCUGGGAUCUGAAAGACAGCCCACCAGGCCGUGCUGGGUGCAGCCGCGGGAUCCAUGAGGUCUGCGCCCCCCGUUCCAGCCUCCUGCGGUCAGCGGCAGGGCCCCCAGUGCAGGGGACGCGCUGCCCAACCCCUCCUCACCCCCUCGCUGCGUUUUUUUUAAAGGCUUAUUGAAGAUGGAUGAGUUGAUACUAAGAGAUUUUAAACUUUUUUCAGGUUUUUAUGAGAAGAAUCUAGUCUUUUAGCAGUUCUGAAUACCGAUGGUCCCAGAGAUGCGCGUAUUUUUAGUACUUCCCUUGUAUUAAAUUUGCCAGCGUCCCUCAGCUUUUUCUAAUAGAUCCCACUAUUCUUUCUACUAGCGUUUCCUUUUCUUAGCGCCCACCUUUUCCCUGGGUGUGGAGGUAACUCCUGGUGAGACAGAUCAGAAGAU